AUUUCUAAGGUUGAAAUGGUGGAAGUUAGCGGAGCAUGGAAUAUAUUUUCUGAACUUUUUGGGAAAAAUAGGGCUGAAAACACUUUUUGGUUGGACAGUUCAUCAACAGAGAAGGGAAGAGCACGGUUUUCAUUCAUGGGGGGCAAAGGUGGAUAUCUUUGGAAGCAAUUAACUUUCAGAUUGUCCGAAGAAAGCGAUGCAGCUGGUAAACGUGGAGGUCAUUUAUUGAUUGAAGAUGCUGAAGGCUCUACUAACAGUAAAUUUCUGGAAGAAGGUUUUUUGGAAUAUUUGAACAAGGAACUUCUGUCACUCUGUCAUGAGGAAAAAGAUUUGAAAGGACUGCCAUUUGAUUUCUAUGGUGGAUUUAUAGGUUAUAUAGGGUAUAAUCUUAAAGUAUAA